AUGGCAGCCAAGAUUAUUCUCUUCUUGUCCGUAUCUGCUCUCGCGGUUCAGUCCACAGUUGGCCAGUACAUCGGCCGCGUGAACAAUGGUUGUGGAUGCGGGAAUCUCAACUACCGUGGCCUCGGUUACACCGCUGGCUGUGGUCUCACCGCUGCUAGUUCUCUUGCAGCCUCCCACGGAGGAGGGUUAUUCGUCGUCACCUCCUCUGCCGCGCCUACUGGUCUCGGCAUAGCUUCCGAGAACAGAUACGAAGGCGCUGUCGAUGUGUGCGGCAACAUUCCAUUCCUGGGCACCGCUGAUGUCGCAGGCGAGUUCCCCACUGCGGGCAUUGGUGAGAUCAACUACAGCUGCGGCGAUGGAGCAGUCGCCAUUACCGCUGAAGGUGGUCUCGGCUACGCUGGAGGACUUGACUACGCUGGUGGACUCGGCUACGCGAGUGGACUUGGCUACGGCUUAGGCUAUGGAGAAUACGUUGGAUGCGGUUGUGGUUGCGGUGACGUCUACUUGUAG